AUGUCCGUGAUGAAUUUGAUUAUGUGUUUGUUUCUAUGCACGCUUUCUGUUUGUUGUUAUGCUUCUUCACAUCGUUCGAUCCUUCGUGAGGUUAGCGAUAAUGAUCGAAGUGGAAUUGAUCGGGAUUAUGCUGUCGAGCUUAAUGCGAGUAGUUUUGAUGCUGUUUUGAAGGAUACUCCUGCUACGUUUGCUAUUGUUGAAUUCUUUGCACAUUGGUGUCCUGCUUGCAGGAAUUAUAAGCCUCAAUACGAAAAGGUUGCAAGGUUAUUUAAUGGACCUGAUGCAGUGCAUCCUGGAAUCAUAUUAUUGACAAGGGUGGAUUGUGCAGAAAAGAUAAAUACUAAGCUCUGUGAUAAGUUUUCUGUUGGUCAUUAUCCUAUGCUCUUUUGGGGCGCUCCUCCUAAAUUUGUAGGUGGUAGUUGGGAACCGACACAAAAGAACAGUGAUAUACAGGUGAUUGAGAUUGUGAAUGCACGCACAGCUGGUCAAUUGCUUACUUGGAUCAACAAACAAACGUCCAGUUCGUUUGGGCUGGAUGAUCAGAAGUUUCAAAAUGAGCAUCUUUCAUCUAAUACAUCAGACCCCCAACAGAUUGCAAGAGGUAUCUAUGAUGUUGAAGAGGCAACUUCAUUAGCUUUUGACAUCAUCUUGGAGAACAAGAUGAUAAAACCAGAAACCCGUGCUUCACUUUUAAAGUUUCUCCAGCUUUUGACCGCUCAUCAUCCUUCUAGGAGAUGCCGGAAGGGCGCCGGAGACUUACUUGUGAGCUUUGAUGACUUAUACCCAACAGAGUCUUGGUCAUCUCAUAAGAAAGAAGAUGAUAAGAGUUUGGCUAAGAACUUUCAAAUUUGCGGAAAAGAAGUGCCACGUGGAUACUGGAUGUUCUGUCGUGGUAGUAAGAAUGAAACCAGAGGCUUUAGCUGUGGCUUAUGGGUUCUUCUACAUUCACUCUCUGUAAGGAUUGAGGAUGGAGAGAGUCAGUUUACAUUUACUGCAAUCUGUGAUUUUGUUCACAACUUCUUUGUCUGCGAGGAAUGCCGACAACAUUUUUACAAGAUGUGUUCAAGUGUUUCCAGUCCUUUCAACAAAGCCCGCGACUUUGCACUCUGGUUGUGGAGUUCCCAUAACAAGGUAAACGAAAGGCUGAGGAAAGAAGAAGCUUCUAUAGGUACCGGUGAUCCCAAAUUCCCAAAGACAGUUUGGCCUCCAAAGCAGCUUUGCUCUUCCUGUUACCUUGACUAUGACCAAACAAGCAACAAAAUUGAAUGGAACCAGGAUGAAGUCUACAGGACUCUGAGAAAUUAUUACGGGAAAACACUCGUGUCUCUGUACAAAGAGAAUGGUAUUGCUGGAACUGAAGGAGCUGAAGGAGCCACCCUAGAAGAUUUAACAGUCGGGACGAAUGCAGUUGUGGUGCCGGUUGGAGCUGCUUUGGCAAUUGCUGUUGCUAGCUGUGCCUUUGGAGCACUCGCAUGCUACUGGCGUUCACAACAAAAGAGUCGGAAGUAUUUCCAUCACCUACACUCUUUAAAGAACAUAUGA